GAAAUGUCACAAGUGCAGGGAAGGAAUACUUCUUCACUUGGCAAGGAUGAGCUACAGAAAUCUUCGAAAGGAAUGACCAAGAAAGACCCUAAGACAAUGCUUAUUGCCAAGCUAAAGAAUGUGAACUACAAAUUAAGACAACAUCUCAAAGACCUCAAUAAUAAAUUAGAAGUAGCUAUUGAUAAAAGCCAGACUAUUAAGAAGCAGAAGUUGCCUGUGGCGAAGGACAAUACAGAAGAGGAGAUAGAGAAAGUCAAGCAGAGAAUAGAAAGAUCGAAGAAGGAAAUCCAAAGACUACAGAACAUACUGUCUCAAGAACAUGCUGAAGAUGAAUCAGACCAGUUGACCCAGAGUUUAAAACGGACUGCUGAAUUAAAAUAAGCUUCACCACGACCUUGAGGUCGAGCUUAAUGACUUUAAAGAGGAAAAUAAAGUCCAAAAAUCCUCUGUUAAUGACUCUGAGCUCAAAAUCCUGAAUGAAAAGAUCAAGAAGAAAAAGGAACUCUUAGCUGUAGAGAAGGAGCUCAUGGACAAGCGUAAGGAGAAAAUAGAGGUAUUUGAGAAAGAAAAUCAGAAACUUAAGCAACAAGCUGAGAAAGGAAAACCUGAUACCCCAGUGAAGCCUUCACCAAGCGAAAUAGAGAAAGUCAAGAAUGAGAUAGCAGCAGUAGAGAAACAGUUAAAGAUCACUAUGAAGAAGAAUAGAACAGAUCUUCGGAAUAGAGAGAAGGAGGAGUACGCCAAGAAUAGUGAAAUGAAAGAGAUAGCUGACCAGCUUGAUGAAGUUAACAAGCUCUAUCGUAUUAAUCUUCAUAAGUUCAGCGAGAAUGAGAGAAAGAUUAAGUACGGAAUUAAUGAUAGGUCGUUAACUUCUUCCCAAUUUAAUAAAGCCCUCCAGAGCAAAAUAAGUGGCAACAGAAUUACCAAAAGCCAAAUUAGGUCGUCUAAUUAUGGGAGAUUUAAGAAGUCUACCUCAAGAAGAAGAGAUCUUAGCUCAGUAAAUAAAAGAGGACAACUAGCAAAGGCUUAUGGGAACAAUGUCAAUAGCAGUUAUAUUAACAGCAGUAUGGAAACUAGCAGUUCCAGAGCUUAUGGAUUGACUAAUCAGUUGUCUAAAGAUAAUGUUAAUAUGAGUAAUUUCGCUAAAGAUAAUAUAAAAAUAAAGAGUUCUAUUAAUGAUUCCUCUUCAAAACUUGAUCAAACUGGAUUAAGAGAGCUCAAAGGACUGAAAAAUGAGCAGAAGAAGCAAAUAGAAACGUCAGUGCAUCUCUAA